AAUCUGGAGCACCUGAAAAAUCGAUUUAUUUCUAAUUUCUACACUCAACGUGGAAUUUCUCGAACCAGUUGUAUUCCAUUGUUUUUCCUAAAUUGACAUUAUUAUUUUUAGAGGAUGGCCGACACUGACCGAACACCACCGGCUUCGAAUGCUCAAGAUGCACCACCAACAUAUCCCGGACGCAGAUCGGGACUGAUGGCAAUCGUUUCGGAACGCCCGAUUGAUUUUCUUUUGAAUUUAACCAGAUUAUCUGUCGUAAUAUUUUCCAUCCUGUAUUUGACUACCCUCGGAGGAAAUGACGCAUACUAUAAAGCUCUGUUGGCCAUGGCCGCCAGCAGUGCGCUGCGCCUGUAUCAGCGCACACGCGAACCAGGUAAUCGCGGGGCGGAAAGGACCUAUGCCCAGUUAUUCCAAACCUUGCUGAUAGAGGACAGCUGCCAUUACCUUAUGUACUGCGUGCUGUUCGUGAUUGGAUCUCCUGUCACCUUUGUCCUGAUGCCCAUCGCCAUAUUUGCAUGCAUUCACUCGAUGGCAUUCUUCGUCAAACUGGGAAAUGAAAUUGGAGCCGGUGCGGCCCUGCUGCGGCCUGUCGGUCGCUUGAUCGAGACCGAACAGCAGCGAAUGUUAAUGACGGCUGCCUUGGGAGAGAUUCUGAUGAUGCCCGUGUCGGUUAUCAUGGUGUUCACGGGAAAAGUUCUCCUGCUCGCUCCCAUAAUGUAUUAUCGCUUUCUACAGCUGCGCUAUCGUUCGCGACGAAAUCCCUACUGCCGGCAAGCAUUUUUCCAGCUGCGAUUAGCGGCAGAGCGCUUGGCCAUGCGGUCUCCCGCGGCCAUUAGCAACAUUAUUCUCAAAUGUGUUGGGUUCAUUUCCCAGUUGGCUCCUCAGAUUCCUGCGCAAUAAGGGUGUGGUUUAUAUUCAUUUUUCACGGAUGGUCGGUAUCCUGGACGUGCUGGCGCAUAGCCCGACUGUGUGAGUGCACCGCAUGCCUUUGUUCAAAAUCAUCUCAUUUCCAGCCGAUUCUCUGCUUCGGACGGUGGUACCAACUAUCGAUCGGUUUUUCUGGCUUUUUGUUACUAUCAUUCGUUUUUGUUUUGGUUUUGCUAAUUCCCGAAGACCUGAGUUUCAGGUUUGACGUUUCCUAUUGCAGCUGAAAAGAUUAGUCGCUAUUAACCUACAGAAUGUUGGCAUGCUUUUUAUCGUGACGUUCAUAUUACUAAUUACGCAAAAGAAUGUCUGCUGCAUUAUUUGCAUAUCCUAUAAUGGAAUUCGUGAUUAAAAUCCAGCUUUUUUUUACUGUAUUUGCAUUCUUGAACGUUGAACGAUAUGCACUGGCAAUGAAACCCCUUGUGCAUUAAAUUUUGCUGUGAA